AUGUCUGAUGACAGUCGAAUUAUUGUUGUGUUUAUUUUACUAAGCUCAGAGCUAAAAAACUAACUAAAAUAACAAGUAUUUAAAUACGUUGUGUUGUUAUUGCAAAAAUACCACAUACAAAUAGAUAUUUAUUAACAUUCUUAAUUAAAAUUUUUAUAAAAUUAUUAAAUUAAAAGCUAAAAACACAUUAACAUAAAAGGGCUAUAAAAAAAGAAUUAGAUUUCAAGUGUUUUGUUAAAAGUGUGGAAAAAAAUUCCAAAAAAAAUAUAAACUAGAUAUUAAACAGUGUAAAAAAAUGACGCUUAAAUAUAGUCAUGCCAUAGUGACCAGAAUCUCCGAUUCUUUAAAAACAAAAAAAGACUUUAAUCUUGAAUUAGCUAAAGAACAGCACAAACAAUAUUGUAGUUUAUUAAGAGAAAUCGGUUUAGAUGUCAUUGAAUUACCACCCGAUGAUGAAUUACCAGAAAGUGUCUUCGUGGAAACGUCAGCGGUGAUAUGUAAUGGUGUGGCUUUAAUAGGAAAGUCUGAUAAUCCCAUGAGACAAAAAGAAGCCAAUAGUAUGGCGAUAAUAUUAAAAAAAGAAUUAGAUAUUCCAGUAGAAGUGAUAGACAAUCCCAAUGCACAAUUAGAUGGUGGUGAUGUCUUAUUUACCGGCAGAGAAUUCUUUGUGGGCAUUUCCGAAUACACAAAUGAAGAUGGCGCUAGAGCAGUGGCUAUGACAUUUCCCGAAUAUCCAGUAACGCCUAUAAAGGUUGGUGGUCCAAAAUGUCUUAAAUACUAUGUCACCAUGGCUGGCCCAGAUGUUUUAUGCGUUAGCAAUAGUAAAAUAUGUGUGGAAAUUUUAAAACGUAUGGAGCGAGAAGCUAGUUUUAAAUAUCAAAAAAUCACGCUACCCGAAGAACAUGCAGCCAAUAUGUUAUACAUCAAUGGCACUUUAGUACACAGAUCACCUACUGAAAUUCCAGAAUCGCACAAAAUUAUUAAAGAAAAAAUAGACAUUCCUACGCGCAACAUUAAUAUUAGUGAAUUUUGCCAAUUUUCUUUGGGUUUAAGCUCUUCCUGUCUUCUACUCAGACGUUGGAAAUCUAUACGCAGCAUUUAGAUUAUAUAAAAAAUAUUUUUUU